AUGUUGAGCUUCGGCUUCACAUCCACCCAUUGUUCGCCAACCCAAUCUUUGGAAACUCUAACAUCCUUCCGCUCAAAGAACAAAAACUUAUGCUCACCUACCACAAUACAAAAUCCACCCAUGUCACAAAUGGGCAGUUUCCAAAAUGACAGCAAAAUUACCUGGCAAAUAGACUUGAAUCUUGGGUUGUUCAGAAGUGUCGAUUCCGGUCACAACAGCUUCCCACCAGCCGGAAAACCACCACACAUCGACUGCGGCCCCCACCUCAGCUGCCAAGUCAGACGAGUUUCAAUGAGGCCACGGUCUCACUGUAAGACGGCCGUUGCUUCUCAUUCCGACUGCCCAGAUCCAUCAACAUUGCUGACAUCACAGUGCACGACCCUUAGACACUUUGGCAUCAUACUCAAAACCUUGCACCUGAACCAGCAGCCCUUCACCCCUUUAUCCUGA